AUGAUUCGUUUUAUUUCAAGGCGAAGUAUAGGAACCACAAUGCAAGCUGCAUCCAUGGCUUCUCCAAUGAGUUCCAAUUCAGAUAUCGAUUCAUCAUCAGUUCGAAAAAUCGGAAAAGCCCUCGAAACAUAUUUGAAACACAGCAAACAAAAUAUUGCGAUGAUGGAAAAACAUCGAAGCGAAUUUGAAACUGGAAAAAGACAUUUGGCUAAAAUGAUGAGUUUAGAUAUUCAUGAAUUAGAUCAGAAAGCUAUUGAUAGGUAUUAUUUGUUGUUGAGUUAAUCAAUGUAAUUAAUUAUUUUCAGAGCAAUUGAAUAUUUAUUCCCAUCUGGUUUGACUGAUCCAAAUGCUCGUCCAGUAAUGCGUCCACCUGAUGAAAUUUUACCGCGAUUUCAAAGAUUCGAAUUCGAUGAAGAAGGUAGACCAGAAGGCUCGCGAUUUUUCACAUUAAACCCAAAAAUUUACGGAUUAUUAUCUGAAAUCGGAAUGAAAACACAAUCAGUUAUGAAAUUUUAUGAUGAACAUGUUGGAAGUCGAAAUGUCAACAAAAAUGAUUUAGAUGUUGCGUGAGUUAUUUUUUUUUUUAGCUUUUUGUUUGAAAAUAUUCUGUUUUGUUCAGAAACCUCAGCGGUUCACAAUGGAUUACACAUGAAAAAAUGAAGAAGAAGUUACAUGAAAAGUUUUCCAAUGAAAUGGUUAGUUUUGUUUUUAUUUCAUUUUCAAAAUUGAUAUUUUAAUUUCAAUUUUUAGUACGCUCAAAUUCUGAUCGCUUUCGAGAAUUUGGCACAACUUCAAGGAUCUUCAAUUGAACACAAGUUUUUGAUGGAAUAUCGAGAACCACUUACUGCUUCAACUGGUUCGAAACUUUUUGGUCCAUCAAUUCCAACUGUUCAAAUUUGCGCGGAGACAAAUCGAAGAUAUGCGGAAGUUGUGUAAGUUUUUUUUUGGGUCAUUAUGGAGAGAGGUCCAAAGAAUUGUUUAGGGGAGAUUUCCUAAGUUCAGGAUUUUCCCGAACUUCUAAGAGUUUUGAUUUUCAUCAUUUUGGAAUUGAUUAUUUUUGACAGAAUAAUAUAUUUCAAAAUUUAAAAAGUAAAAGUAUUGCUCACUUGAAAAGACAUGUUUUUUUUAAAUAAAAAUGAUUUAAAAUCAUUUUUUUUUGCAGAACUCAUUGCAAAGAUACCCGAACAACAGUUCGCGUUUUCGAUGCUGGAAAAGGAAAAUUCAACAUCGACGGAAUUGAUUUACACGAUUUCCGACAUCUUCAAUCAAGAGAAAUCCUUCUAGCCCCAUUUAUUGUUAGCUCAACGCUUGGACGAUUUGAUGUGAAUGCGACUUCGGUUUCGAUUUCUGCUGAAACACCAGAAGCUCCAAAUAGAAUACAGUAGGUUAAAAAAAAUGUUGAAUCUUUAAACUAAAGUUUUUCCUUCAGAAAAACUUCAAUUGGUGGUCAAAGUAGUCUUCCUCGCGCUGUUCGACAUGGAACAUCUUUAUGUAUUGCUGCUUUGAAUCCAGAAUGUACAGAGAAAUUGAGAUUAUGUAAGGGGUCCAGUUUUCAUUUUCGAAAUUUCAAUAUACCUGAUUUUUCAGCCGGACUUUUGACACUUGAUCCACGAAAGAAAGAACGUAGUAAAGUUAAUCAACCAGGAGCCAGAGCUAAAUGGAUUUGGAAACGUCGUUAA